AUGUCUGAUUAUUUCAAAGUCUACAUCGGUUUCUGCCAGAGACGUCAAAGCCGGGACCCAACCCACUGGAUGCUCAUAUAUGCCGUACCGGGCUCUCAAACAUGCACAUGGGUACACGUCGAGGGUGGACCACGAGAAGGCUAUGUCUUGAAGAUUCUUUCUGGCAAAAGAGUUGAUAGUUGGGGUAUCGAAAGCCGAGAGUUGAUAGGCUAUCUCAACAGGUCUGACGAGAAAAAGCUACACGCUGCAGCAAAGUCUAUACCAUUACAACGCUGCCAACGCUGGACGACGGCACUUGUGGCAAAGUUGGAAGAGAGGGGCCUUAUACCCGCUGCUGGUAAGGCGGCACAGCUGCAGAACAGGAUAGAGCCGUCGCCAUAUGAGAAUCAGGGCUCUCUCGGUGGAGGUUCUGGCUCCAAGAGUAAUGUUGGGUAUCUGGUCGAGGUCAUCCUGCUCCGUCCCAACGCCAACAGUGAUGCGCAGUCACCACAAAGCAGAGUUCGAUACGCACUCACCUGA